AUGUCUAGUAAAGCGUAUGUGAUUGGCGUCGGAAUUACUCAAUUCCUUAAACCUCAGAACAAAUUCGACUAUCCCGAACUCGUUCUUGAAGCCACCACUAAAGCUUUAAUUGAUGCAAGUAUAACUUAUGAUUCAAUCCAACAGGCUUUUGUUGGAUAUUGUUAUGCUGAUUCGACUUCUGGUCAACGAGCAUUGUAUCAGCUAGGAAUGACUCAAAUACCAGUGAUUAAUGUGAACAAUAAUUGUUCAACUGGUUCAACAGCAUUGUUCAUGGCACGGCAAGUUGUCGAAGCUGGAAUAGUUGACUGUGCACUUGCUUUGGGAUUUGAGAAAAUGACACCUGGAUCUCUUAAACUAAUGUUUGAAGACCGCACAAAUCCGCUUGAUCAGAUAUUUGCAAUGACGGCGGAGACGCGUGGGUUUGGACAGGCACCGUUUGCAGCUCAAAUCUUUGGAAAUGCAGGGCUAGAAUACUGCGAAAAAUAUGGUGCCACGCCUGAACACAUGGCAAAAAUUGCAGAGAAGAAUCAUCGCCAUAGUGUUGCAAACCCCUAUUCUCAAUUCCGUGAUGCGUACACACUGGACCAAAUAAAAGCUUCCCCAUGCAUCUAUGGUCCUCUCACGAAGCUCCAAUGUUGUCCUACGUCAGAUGGUGCUGGAGCAGUCAUUGUUGCAUCCGAAUCGUUUGUAUUGAAUAACAAGUUGUCCGGACAAGCCAUCGAGAUUGUUAGCCAGGCAAUGGCAACAGAUUCACCUGACGUGAUGAGUAAGAGUUCAAUCGAAUUGAGCGGGGCUGAUAUGACAAGGCGAGCAGCGAAUAUAGCAUUUAAAAGUGCAGGAAUUGGACCAGAUGAUGUCAAAGUUGUGGAAUUGCAUGAUUGUUUCUCUGCUAAUGAGCUUAUUACUUAUGAUGCUUUGGGUUUAUGCAAACCCGGUGAAGCUCAUAAACUAGUAGAGACUGGUGAUAACACUUAUGGUGGGAAAUACGUCAUCAAUCCCUCUGGCGGACUAAUAUCCAAGGGACAUCCGUUGGGUGCUACUGGAUUAGCACAAUGCGCUGAACUGGUCUGGCAGUUGCGCGGUUGGUGCGGAAAUAGACAGGUUUCCAACGUCGAGUAUGCUCUGCAACAUAAUAUUGGACUAGGUGGUGCCGCAGUUGUGACUAUUUAUAGGCGUGCUAAGGGAUUAGGGAAGCUAUCGAACGAGGAUCAGAAUCCUCUGAAGAACCAUGCGUACAACCCGGCAGUGGAGGCACGAGGGGUUAGAGAAGAGGAUGUGCGUAGAGUCAUGUCGAAAAAAUUUAGUGAACGAUAUAGUUCGAGAUUGUAG